GUAGGUUCGGUGAGAGCGUACAGAGAGCAUCCCUGAAAACUGCCUCUGUCAUACAACCAGGAAGAAGGUGGGAUAUUAGCCCAGCGUUGCUAACAACCCCAAUCUUUCUGCAUACUUUCACCAAAAAAUAAUGGGUUCUUCCCGGUGGAAGUUGGCAGUGGCGGCGUUCCUUGCAGUAGUGGGCUCUUUAUUACCUGUUGACGCGGACGAGCAUGAGCACACGUACACAGAUAAGGAGGAGGUUGUUUUAUGGAUGAACACAGUGGGGCCUUACCACAAUCGACAGGAGACGUACAAGUAUUUCUCUUUGCCCUUUUGCGCGGGUUCCAAGAAGACCAUCAGUCAUUACCAUGAAACCCUCGGAGAGGCUCUGCAGGGGGUGGAGCUGGAGUUCAGUGGCCUGGACAUCAAGUUUAAAGAGGAAGUCAUGCAGAACACAUACUGUUCAAUUGACUUGGACAAACCCAAACAGGAUGCCUUUGUUUACGCUAUAAAGAACCACUACUGGUAUCAGAUGUACAUCGAUGACCUGCCCAUCUGGGGCAUCGUCGGCGAGGCGGACGAAAACGGGGAAGAACAUUACCUCUGGACGUACAAAAAGCUGGAGAUCGGCUACAACGGCAACAGGAUCGUUGACGUAAACCUGACGAGCGAAGGCAAAGUGAAGCUCAUGCCAAACACCAGAAUCGCCAUGUCCUAUUCUGUGAAAUGGAAGAAGUCGGAUGUGAAGUUUGAGGACAGGUUUGACAAGUACCUGGACCCGUCCUUCUUUCAGCACCGGAUUCACUGGUUCUCCAUCUUUAACUCCUUCAUGAUGGUCAUAUUCCUGGUGGGUCUGGUGUCCAUGAUCCUAAUGAGAACCCUGAGGAAGGAUUACGCCAGAUACAGCAAAGAGGAAGAAAUGGACGACAUGGACAGGGAUCUGGGGGAUGAGUACGGCUGGAAGCAGGUGCACGGCGACGUCUUCAGGCCGUCCAGCCAUCCGCUCAUCUUCUCCUCGCUCAUCGGCUCCGGCUGCCAGAUCUUCUCUGUCUCCUUCAUCGUCAUCAUCGUUGCGAUGGUGGAGGAUCUAUACACAGAGAGGGGCUCCAUGCUGAGCACAGCCAUUUUUGUUUACGCUGCAACCUCCCCUGUCAACGGCUACUUCGGUGGAAGUUUGUAUGCAAAACAAGGAGGCAGGCGGUGGAUCAAGCAGAUGUUCAUCGGGGCCUUCAUGAUCCCAGCCAUGGUGUGCGGGACGGCCUUCUUCAUCAACUUCAUCGCCAUCUACUACCACGCCUCCAGAGCCAUCCCCUUCGGGACCAUGGUUGCUGUCUGCUGCAUCUGUUUCUUCGUCAUUCUGCCUCUGAACCUCGUGGGAACCAUUUUGGGGCGAAACCUGUCUGGUCAGCCCAACUUCCCCUGCAGAGUGAACGCCGUGCCGCGGCCGAUCCCCGAGAAGAAAUGGUUCAUGGAGCCGGCUGUCAUCGUGUGCCUCGGGGGAAUCCUGCCCUUCGGCUCCAUUUUCAUAGAAAUGUACUUCAUCUUCACCUCCUUUUGGGCCUACAAAAUCUACUACGUGUACGGCUUCAUGAUGCUGGUCCUGGUGAUCCUCUGCAUCGUCACGGUGUGCGUCACCAUCGUGUGCACAUACUUCCUGCUCAACGCCGAGGAUUACAGAUGGCAGUGGACGAGCUUCCUCUCUGCUGCAUCUACUGCGGUUUAUGUUUACAUGUACUCCUUUUACUACUACUUCUUCAAAACUAAGAUGUAUGGGUUAUUUCAAACGUCCUUCUACUUUGGGUACAUGGCCGUGUUCAGCACUGCUCUGGGAAUCAUGUGUGGCGCCGUCGGCUACAUGGGAACAAGUGCCUUCGUGAGGAAGAUCUACACAAACGUGAAAAUCGACUAAGCAGCGUAGCAGCAACACGGGGAUUUGACUGAUCCACCUUCGUGUUCUGGAAGACGGCAGGCACAAGUCAUUUAUUCCUUUCCCUCUUGCAGAGAGAUUGUGAGGAUCUCACUUUGUUCAACAUUGUUUUUUUUUUUUUUUUUUUUUUUCUGAAUAAAUUUCAACACCGUGACUUUAA